AUGACAACAAUGGAAGGGGCCAGCGGGUCGAGUUUUGGAAUAGACACGAUUUUGUCCAGUGCCAGUUCAGGCAGCCCCGGCAUGAUGAAUGGAGAUUUCCGCCCUCUCGGCGAGGCCAGGACUGCGGAUUUUAGGAGUCAGGCCACCCCAUCCCCUUGUUCGGAGAUCGAUACUGUAGGAACGGCGCCUUCUUCUCCCAUCUCGGUCACCAUGGAGCCCCCGGAGCCGCAUCUGAUAGCAGACGGGUCCCAACACCACCACCACCUCCACCCCAGCCAACAGCCGCCGCCGCCAGCCGGGGCCCCGACGCAGCCUUCACCCCCACAGCAGCCGCCACCGCAGCCGCCGCCGCCUGCCCAGCAACUGGGCUCGGCCGCCUCAGCCCCCAGGACUUCCACCUCUUCUUUUUUAAUUAAGGACAUCUUGGGCGACAGUAAACCUCUGGCGGCGUGUGCACCUUACAGCACCAGCGUCUCCUCUCCGCACCACACCCCGAAGCAGGAGACCAAUGCAGCGCACGAGAGCUUCAGGCCAAAGCUGGAGCAGGAGGACAGCAAAACCAAACUCGACAAGCAGCGGGAAGAGUCCCAGAGUGACAUCAAAUGCCACGGAACAAAGGAGGAAGGAGAUCGGGAGAUUACAAGUAGCCGAGAGAGUCCCCCUGUGAGAGCCAAGAAGCCUCGAAAAGCCAGAACGGCUUUCUCUGACCACCAGCUCAAUCAACUGGAACGUAGCUUUGAGCGGCAGAAAUACCUGAGCGUCCAGGACCGCAUGGACCUGGCUGCUGCACUCAACCUCACUGAUACCCAGGUUAAGACCUGGUACCAGAACCGCAGGACCAAGUGGAAGCGGCAGACUGCGGUAGGCCUGGAGCUGCUGGCCGAAGCGGGGAACUACUCGGCGCUGCAGAGAAUGUUUCCAUCGCCUUAUUUCUACCACCCGAGCCUGCUGGGCAGCAUGGACAGCACCACGGCGGCUGCGGCGGCCGCCGCCAUGUACAGCAGCAUGUACCGGACUCCCCCGGCACCCCAUCCCCAGCUGCAGCGGCCCCUCGUGCCCCGUGUGCUCAUCCACGGCCUGGGGCCCGGGGGUCAGCCAGCCCUCAAUCCCUUGUCCAACCCUAUCCCGGGCACUCCGCAUCCCCGGUGA